AAAUAUUUUAUGGCACUUCACAUACAGAUUUUUAGUCAAUCUUUCAAAUUCUUGUGCUUGCUGCUUAAUUGCAAUUGCGUGCUGUAAAAACUGUCAUUUCAUAUUUUGUUCCAUAAUGGCCGAAACAAGUUUGUGGGAUUCCUUCAUUCCAAAAGCAAAAGUAAUCGGUAGUUUUGCAAAACAUUGUAAAGAUCACAACAAGGAACGUGCUGAACUGAUUAAAUUUGUUGAACACAUGGUGGAAGAUUUGAAAGAAGACGAAGAAGACAUAGACAUAACGGAGCGGUAUCAGUUUAGAGUACGAAAAGUUUCUAUAGUAACGGCGCCAAAAACUAGAGACGUAGAAUACACGCUCAAUAAAAAUGGUCACGAUGAGUACUGUUUUGUUUGCGAAGAGCCUUUUCCUCACUUUAGUAAGGUGGAUGUAUAUCCUUGUCGCGUGUGUACCCGUGCCUUCCAUAAAAAAUGUGUACAAUUGUUGAGUGAUUCAGAAUGUUCCCAAUUUGACAAGGAAACCAUGGAUAGAAGACAUACAAAUAGUGGCUGGAGCUGUUAUAAAUGUGCAAACUUAUCUCAUCUUCUAACCGACAAAGAAACCUCAACUCUUUUUGAUAUAUUUGAUGAAGUAGACUCCAAUGGCGAUUCAUACAUUUCGCAAGAAGAAUUUGUAAAUUACAAAAAUCAAACGGUUCACAUGGCAUCAACAGACAGCGGGAAACAACAAAUCGUUUUACAGUUUAAGAAAAUAGAUACGGACAAAGAUGGACGUAUAAAUUGGUGGGAAUUCCUCAGUCAUGAAGCUAGGUUGCUUCUAGCAAAAAGGCCAACGGAUGAGUUAUUAGACAUGCUGACAGAAAAGGAAAUAGUUCAUGCGAAGGCUGUAUUCUCACACAUGGAUGACGAUGGUGAUGGUUUAGUAACACAUACUAAAGCCUUGACAGCAUACAGAAACUGGUACAAAAGAUUAGAUGUAACUGACUCGUCGACUUUAAAUCUUCAUGCAGAUGUAGCUGCACAAAUGGUAAUGGACCAUGACAAGAAAAACAAAGGAACCGUAACCUGGGUUGAAUUCCUAACUGGACAAGCCUUGUAUAUAGUUUGUGGAAGACCAAAUUUAUAAUGUGUGCGGACUUGUGGUUCAGUAAAAAAAUUUAACGCAAUUUUAAAAACACAGAAAAUUUCAAACUUCAUAAUUACCAUAACCGUAUACAACUACACAAAUGAACAGAAAAGACAACCAGACACCAGAAAGAUCUCUUGUCAUUACAGGCUAUUAAGAAGAUACAUAUUACUCGAUCAAUAGUGUGCGUUUCUACGUUUUAAUUACUCACAUUAUAUAGAACUUAUCAAUAACAUAGAUAAACGAUUCUUUAAAGCCACCUGUCACGAUAUGCAACAUCUCAAUGGUAGCGUUCAUUCUCCCUACGUCAUCCGCCGUCUUCUGCUUCACAUGUUUCAUUUAAUGUUUCAUCUUUAAAGAACUAUCAAUUUAUGUUAAUUACACUGUAUAUAGGAACAUCUGUCUAUGACAAGGUUAAGCACAAGGAUCAUUAUUGGUUCCGUCUAAUGAGCUCUGACAGAAACAACUAUUACACGCCGGACAGGGGAUUCCGUCUUCAUUGCAGUCGUCUAAACAUAAAUAUUAAACAUAUUUAUUUAGAAUUUUGAAGACGGUUAAACCCAUACCAAGUGUCUCAAUUUCUUUUGCAGUAUAAUUCUUCAUAUCUUUCUGAUUUCGGAGAUAUUCUUAAUGUUGUACUUGACCGUAGACAAAACUCUAAUUAACCUUGAAUGAACGAAUAUUAAUGUAGUUGAAUAUUCGAGCCUAUAAUCCCAUGACAAUAUCGGAUACAACCUUUUUUGGUUUUAUUCAACAUCUAUACAUAUAUGUAUACAAUCUGAUCUUUAGAAAGAAAAUGUGUAUGCCAAUACUUUUUUUUUAAUUUUAAGAAAUAGAAAAAAAAGAUUUGACGCAAGUUGUAACAACAUUAGAGACGUCCUCUCCCUAUGAAUGUUCUUUAUAUGUUCGUUCUUUUGAUAAAUUAUUGAUUAAAAUAAAAAAAAAUGUAUAGUUUUUUUUAUAA